UCACCUCCGGUCUCUUUCUCCGCAUCUCCUCCGGUUUCUUUUUGUGCAACUCCUUCAGUCUCUUCCUACGCAUCACCUCCGGUCUCUUCUUCUGUAACUCUUUUAGUCUCUUCCUCCGAAACUCCUCCAAUUUCUUCUUCUGCAACUCCUUCAGUCUCUUCCUCCGCAUCUCCUCCGAUUUCUUCUUCUGCAACUCCUUCAGUACCUUCCUCCGCAUCACCUCCGGUCUCUUUCUCCGCAUCUCCUCCAGUCUCUUCUUCUGCAACUCCUUCAGUCUUUUCCUCUGCAUCUCCACCAUUCUCUUCCUCCGCAUCUCCUCUGGUCUCUUCUUCUGCAUCUCCUCCGGUCUCUUCUUCUGCAACUCCUUCAGUGUUCUCUUCCUCCGCAUCACCUCCGGUCUCUUUCUCCGCAUCUCCUCCGGUCUCUUCUUCUGUAACUCCUUCAGUCUCUUCCUACGCAUCACCUCCGGUCUCUUCUUCUGUAACUCUUUUAGUCUCUUCCUCCGCAUCUCCUCCGGUCUCUUCUUCUGCAACUCCUUCAGUCUGUUCCUCCUCAUCACUUCCGGUUUCUUCUUCUGCAACUCCUUCAGUCUCUUCCUCCACAUCACCUCCGGUAUCUUCCUCCGCAUCCCCUCCGGUCUCUUCUUCUGCAGCUCCUUCAGUCUCUUCCUCCGCAUCUCCUAUGGUCUCUUCUUCUGCAGCUCCUUCAGUCUCUUCCUCCACAUCUUCUCCAGUCUCCUCCUCCGCAUCUGCUUCGGUCUCUUCAUCCGCAUCUGCUUCAGUCUCUUCCUCCGCAUCACCUCCGGUCUCUUCUUCUGCAACUCCUUCAGUCUCUUCCUUCGCAUUUCCCCCGGUCUCUUCUUCUGGAAAUCCUUCAAUCUCUUCCUCCGCAUCUUCUCUGGUCUCUUCUUCUGCAACUCCUUCAGUCUCCUCCUCCGCAUCUGUUUCGGUGUCUUCAUCUGCAUCUCCUUCUGUUUCUUCCACUGCAAAUGUCAUUAUUUGUACAGUAACAUUCUGGGGACUGAUCUGA